UCCCGGAAGUUUUGGUUUCCUGGUCUGUCAGCUCUGUCAAGGUGCAAGUGCAUCGCUCCAUUGUUUUCCACGGAAAUAACAUGGCUUUUAUCCCGAAGAAAUGAUAUUCCCGUCGCUGCCACCGGACCUAUAACCCGAGGACAACAUUUUAUACGGUUUUUCUGAUUUUUAGUGACCCUGUGCAGCCAUGGAGCCCCUGGCUGUGGAUGAUGACAUCUGCAUCCUGAAAUACGAGACAGCCUACACAGCUGCUGGAGAGAGUCCCGUAUCAGUAUGUGCUGGCGAUGAAUCUGUAGCUUCUCACUUUGCCCUCGUCACAGCCUACGAGGACAUCAAGAAGCGGCUAAGAGAGACUGAACGAGAGAACACAUUACUAAGGAAACGAGUCAAGCAGUUGGAGGACAAGCUCUUUCGGCCUGAGGCACCGCCAUCAGAGGGUCCCCAAUAUGUAAACAAGGCCUUCAGCGCAUAUCGAGGUAUCUAUAUUGAAAAGGAGGACCUGCAGAUGGAGCUUAACAAACUGAAAAAAGAGAAGAGUGAGAGUGAGCGGCUGCUGACAGAGCAGCUCCAAAGCAAAGAGCUAGAGUUGCUUCAGCUGAGGACAGAGAUGGAGACCAGCCAAGUGAUGAAGAGCCUGAACAGCCCUCAAGACUACUGGCAAGUUAACUGUGCCACUGCCGAACACAAGAUCUACAAACUUCAGGAGGAGCUGGAGAAGCUCACACUGGAAAACAGCAGACAUUUGGAGAGGAGUGGGGAGGAACUACGUGGCCUCAAUGGACCAAACAUGGAACCGAUAUGUGAUGAGUUGAGUUCCAGCAGAGAGAGGAGCAUGCAGCAGGCAUACGAGGCUUUGUGCUCAGAGUUCACCGGUCUCCAUUCAGGGCUGAAAUUCCAAACAGGCCUGAUUCGGAAGCUGAGACCGUUAAUCAGUGAGACAAGACAAGUUCCAAUUCAGUGUCUGGAAGACGUGGAGACCAACCACCAUCCAGUCCUCCAGGCUCCAGUACAUCGACCCCCUAGCGCUCCACCACUGCCCUCUUGUUCUGGGCGUCCUUGUCCUCCUACUGGUGGUCCAAGCAGCACUCUGCCACCGGACAGUUUGAGGGACGACUGCUGGUACAACGGUCCGUGGCCAACACACGGAGAAGCUCUGAUUGGGAACGAGACCUCUUCUGUUGUUUUGCCCCCACCUCCUCUUAACCAGGCAUCCAUAGAUGACAGCUCGAGGUCCUUCCCAAGCCCGCCCAAACCGAGCGACGCCCUUUUCUGGGAGGGACAGUCUGCUGCCUCAAAUUCAUCUUCCUCAAUUGGAAACUUAAGUCCUCAGAGCCCUCCUAACACAGAGUGGGUCAAGCCCUUUUGAGGGAGACCUUCAUGGAGUGACUUUCUAAGCCUGCCACAGUGCUACCACCUAUCUGCCUUAAAUUGAUAAGACUACUCCCUGCUGGGCUGGCCUGGAACUAGGUGAAGGCCAGAAGAGGCCUUUAUGUGGUGAACACUGAAUAUAUCCAACAAGUCCGCACUGAUGACCAUAUCUAACCAUGCAGAGACUGUUUAUGAAGGACCAUUCGGGGACCCCAGUUACGUGUCCUUUUUUUGCAGCAUUUUAUUUGUGUGUGUGCAUCAAAGUGUGCCUGUGUCUGCAGAGCAUUGCGUGGGCCUCAUUUCUGGCCCCUCUUAUGCUUGCAUCACAUCAUUCGAAUCUGAUUAUUUUCUUUAUUGUUCCCUGUUUUCAAUGAAGUACAAACUAUAGAAUCGUUUGCCUCACCAUGUAAGGAGGUUUUUUAGGAACGAGGCCUUGGUGUUUGAUGUGUAUCUGUGUCGUGAUGGAGACUUAGUCCAAAACAGCAAAUGAAACAUACCUAGUUUAGUAAUUUAAUAUUCACCUAUAGUCACUUUGUCAUUAAUAAGAAGGUCUUGUUCCCCCGAUCUGAUUCGUCAUACAUGUUUACAUCAGAUCAGUGUUGUCAUCACACAAACACUAACGUCAUGAAGACUUGGGAGUACUACUGAAACCUCAGCUAUUCGUAAAGCCACACCAAACAGACUUUGUGACUGACAAGUUGCGCACCAUAAGUUGUCAUGAAAUGUAUGCAUGUUUUGUUUUCCACUGCUCAUAGUUUGGUGUGUUUAUUGUGCAUCACUAUUUGCGGGCGAUACUUCCAACCCAUGCAUGUAAAACAGAAGUGCUGAUGCGUGACAAAGAGCUUUGAGAUCCGAUUUGAUCAAGGUUUAAAUUGCCGGCUACAUUAAGAAGGCUUAAACAUAUUUUAAAUUAAAAAAUAGGACUCCAGCCACAUUUUCACCAACAAGUUGAUAACCAAAAUUCUCAAGUCUCUUUAACUUGCCUUGUGUUUACAUAUUAGUGGCAGUACUACUGACAGAUGCCUCUUUUUUUUAUUCUUUUUUUUUAGGUGGAGGGGUGGGCGGGGGUACAAUAUGGAGCUUGUGACUCAGUGUAAUUAAAAAAUGUACUGUGCUGAUGUAAAUCAAAUCAAUGUGUUCUGCAUUAUAAGGGACGUUUGUCCUAUUUUUUUACGUGUCAGAUGAAGUGAACAAGUGAAGGAACAAUGUAUUUGGAUGUGUAAGUCAAAUGUACAUGACGGCCGUAAGCACCCUGCCAAAUGCAGUUUUGCACUCCAAACUAUGAGUAAUCUUUCCUUGUUUAUUUUAAUGUAUGUUGAAUAUGAGAGACAAUAAUAACCUGCAGAAACGUGAGCCGGGUGCUAAGAAAACCAACUGUGCACAAAAGGACAUUCAUUUACUUUCAUGACCACUCUUCUCUUUUUUCCUUUAUUAAGCAUUUCAUUUUACUUUACAGCAGCAGUUUCUUACUCCUGUAAACGAUUUGCAAACCAAAAUGCAAUGUACAGUAGAUAUCUAUUUUAGAUUUACUGCACUUGUAAAUGACAACUAAAGAAAUGAAAAGACCAA